UAACAUAUUCACUGGUUGUAGCUCUGUAAACUCGCAACAGCAUUGCAUCUUGUCAUUGUGUACUAGUAUCUGGACAUUACCAUAAGCAGAAAUAUGAGCUACACAUACGAGUUUGGAAAGUUCUGCGUAUCAGAAAGAAUGAAGACAGACUUUGACGACAACGGAUAUGUCGUUAUUCGGAACUUGUUGUGUGCAGAUGAAGUAAAGAAGAUUGAGGAAACUAUAUUCGAAGGCGGAUUGCUGAAACAUGGGUAUAAGGUCUCGGACGAUACUGAUCGCCCCACAAUUAUUAUAUUAUGGCAAAAUCCUGGUGAUGACGUCACUGGCAUGAUGGCGAGGAGCGAAAAACUUGUAACAACAGCAGAAAAGUUACUAGGAGUGGAGGAGUUAUACCUUUUCCAUGGUAAAUGUCUUCUGAAGGAACCUAUACAUGGAGGGAGUGUCCUUUGGCACCAAGACUACGGGUAUUGGUAUCAUGAUACUUGUUUACGACCUGACAUGAUAGCGGUGUUUGUUGCCAUUGACGAAUGUACACAGGAAAAUGGCGGCCUGAUGGUAUUAAGAGGGUCUCAUAAAUGUGGCAGAAUUGAUCAUCAGUUGCAUGGUCCGGAAGCUGAACGUGUAGUGCAUGGUCCAGAAGCUGAACGUGUCGAACUGCUGAAGAAAAGCUAUGAUCUUGUUCACAUUGAUCUCAAUCCAGGCGAUGCCAUAUUCUUUCACUGUAACCUGCUGCACAAAAGUGGACAUAACAACAGCAAGAAAAGACGUUUAGCUAUCAAUGCCUCCUUUAAUGAGGAAAAUAACAGGCCGGUGAAUUCCAGUACUUAUGUGGAUCAUAAAAAAAUUAAAAAGGUACCGGACACAGCAAUUAUAGAAUGCAAAAAUUACACAGAUUUCUCCGGCAGAAACUUCAUGUAUCGUGGAGAUAGGAUUCCAGAGGACUUUGCAGACAAAACGCAAAAUUGCACAAGCGUUAAAGAAAGCGUACAUGGAAAUGUAUUCAAAUGUAAGGUUGGAUAUAGAACUAAAUGA